AUGUCAAUGAAUGUGGACGCUGCAAUUGCCAUAUCCGCCUUUAAUCUUAGUAGAGGCUCAGAGUUAAUUAUAUCACCAAGGAGGAACGGUAUGUUGGGAGAAGUAAUGCUUUCAACUGUAACAAUUCUUGCACAGCAAGCUGAGUUACCGUUUGAAUUCAGUUCAGCCGUAAGACCGCCUGAUAAUCCUAGAAGAAUGUGGAAUAUACCACGGGAAGUUGUAAAUUUGCCACCAGAUAAUGGCAUUUUCCAAGGAGUACCACCACAGGACGCAGAUUGGCCUAUAGAAGCAGACACAAGUGAUCUUGAUCAAUUGGUUUGGAUUGAUCAUUAA